AUGUCGCAAACGGACGAAAUCCACGAAAUAAAUGGGCCGUUGUCGUCGCCGACCGGGCUGGCGAGGUCGGAUUUGGAGGCGCUUGCGUGUUUAUUCCCCGCCGUGCAUGGCGGACGGGUCUUUGACGACUCCGACGGCUUCGUCGCGCACUGUCAGGACGUGCAGGAGCACGUGCUGUGGUGUGAGCACCUGCCCUUGUUGCCCUUGCAGAUCGUCGACGGCGAUUCGCGCCUGGGGGCCCUUUCCUUCCCAACCCCAACAGUUUUAAACGGCGACUUGAGGGACGCCCGAGCGCAUUCGCGCCGGCUUUCCCCUGCCCGAGGGGUCCCCUCCGAUCGCCCGAACGCCGCCAUCUCAAUUGGGGGGAUGUUUGAAAUGGGUUCGAGCGGCGAGAUCGGGGAUUUCCUCCACCACGCGCUCAUUGGCGCCCUGGGGCCUCGCACGGAGGAAAACACCCCGACCUUCCCGGCGCCCCCGAGCGCGAUGCACGCCGAUCGGCUCCAGUGGUUUACCCUGCUCUACGGCGAACUCCGCGAAGGGGCGAGGUGGGGCUCGCGCCAAUGGAUCGAAGGGGCCUUUUCCGUUUUGAAAAGUCAUUCGAAGGGGGGGGGCGCGGCUGAGCCGAACGCGAUGCCCGGCGCACUUCCCGCGUGGGUGCAGUUUGGGACGGCGUUGGGGGUGGCGGACCGGAUGGCCCGGCAGCUUUCCGCCUCCCGCGGUGAUCGCCCGGGCGAGGAACCGCCAAAGGCGCCCGGCGAUCGUUCUGGGGGAUCCGAAGGGAAUCCUUUUGUGGAUUGGACGGCCCUUUGUUCGGUCUCGGCCUUUGUUUACCGGGCCGUCAAGGACUUUUGGGGCGCGAUGAUCGGGGCCGGGCACGCCGGCUCGCGGGAAACCGCAGCCCACACCGAUCCCGAGGGGGUCCACGCGGGUUGUGAAGUUCGGCAUCGCCCUGCAGAAGCCGAGGACCAUCCGUCGGAAUCGCUUUGGCACUCGUUUGACGGUCUUUUUUGUCGUUCGGUCUCCGCGUGGCUUUCCAGAGGCGGUUCGCUGCUGCCGACGCAGCCUCCAACCACCCAGGGUGCUGAGAGCAAAGCCCAAAAUGGCCCCAACAGGGCUCGACCCCUUAAAAAGCCACGAAGCGAAUUUUCCAACCCACCCAACGCGAAAUGUUUCCCAUCCCAUUGCGGUUUCGCGGCGGAAGCGGAUCCAACGGAAGGGAAAACAAUCGUCCAACGUUUAGCCGCGGCUCUGGCUAUACCUUUAGCGCUUUAUAUCACCCAGUACAUGCGCUGUAAAGAAGUAGCCCAUCGACUUCAGCAGCUCGCCAACCCAUGCGAGGGCGCCCGUGGGAGCCCUCUUUCCAGUGCCUCCACUAGUAUCGAGGAGGAAACCGGAUCUUCGGGCGGCACCCCGUUUUCGCCAACGAUUGACCACGAAAGCCCCACCCACGGCAAAGACGACUCCCCAAGCCGCUCCGUGCACCGCGGGCAUUCGAGGGAACCUACCACCAACGAUAAUUGCAGCUCUGAUAAGCGGCGCCGCUAUAUUCGCGCGAAACGCAAACGCGCCCUCCCCGAGUGGUCCUUCCAACGCCGCGCAAAGAGCGCGGACUCCACCCACGAACACGCCAAUUCAGAGGACGACGAGGAGGCCGUGAACCAUCAUCAAAGGUUUAUGGAUUUACUCCUGCUGCUUUUUCUUCACCCCGCUGGGAAUACUUCAGAUGCCUGA